AGUAAAUACGCCCAAAAAUUGUUUUAAAUUUUUUUAUCGUUUCUCUUUCAUUUACUUUAUGGAACUAUAUUAAUUAGACUUUUGUUAUAUUAUUUGCACGUAUAGUGAUCGCUACAGUUCUGUCUAUCACAUUAAUUUCUCUCCAGGUGUAUUAUGUAUAAGAUACUGAACCUGUCACUAUAGUUCAUACUCCACUAUUCAUUCACUUGUUCGGUGUAUCCAUUCAUUUCAAUCCCAGAAAGAUGACUGUAAUAACAAGAUUCUGGUCACCAUGUCUGGUAUACACAAAUUUAAAUACAGCUUGUUAUGCCAUCGCUGGAUAUACAGUGGCAGCUAGUGUCGUCUUGAUUACAUUAACCAAGUACAUGAUGGCAGGAGGAGAAUCUACAGAAUUAUAUUUUCCUUUUUUCGAAAAUGAUGUCAGAAAUAGUAUGAUUACGUACGGUACCAUCGCCAUAGUGUUUUUAUUCUACAUGAUAUUAUCGGCGGCUGCUUUGGUUCAUGGCGUAUUAACUUCACUCAGAGGUUACUUAUUACCCUGGCUGUUUGGAAUGAUGUUUAUUAUUUUAUUCCAAUUACUAUGGUCUAUAUGGCUUUUGUAUGGAUAUUAUAUCUACAUUCAAAUUGUGGUUCCAGCAAUUAUUUACUGGCUGUGGGCUGCGUACAAUUUUUAUUGCUGGUUAUGCGUGUACACCCAAUACAAGAUCAUCGCCAGAAUGCAAUCUCCGAAUAUUGAAUUAAUUUACUCUUAGUAUUAUCACGUCCAUCGGUGAUAUGGAUCAAUUUUGCACUUCGUACUCUUAACUUCGUCCCCUAAAGUAAAAAUAGGCAUUUUUUUCAAUUUUAAAGACUAAAUGAACACGAUUGUAUUGAUUAUGUUGAUUUUUUUCUCUUAUUUAACUUAUUUCAUAACGAAUGUGAUUUUCAAUUAUUAUUCGAUAAGAAAUUCCUAAAAUUCUAAACCUUUGAGGUUUUCCUACCGAUUUGUUUUGAAAAGUAUUUCCGGAAAAUAUUCAUUUUUUUAAUAAGUUGAUUUUAUCUAUGAAGUAUCAAACUUUCAUUCCAAGUAUUACAGAAUCUUAAUCGCAGCUUACGCGAUGUUCGAAUUUUGUUUAGCAUUUUAAAAAUUAAUAAUUUAAAAACUGCCAUUUAAGUUUGGUAUGAAUAGUAUUUACUUAUACAAAACGAGUUAGGUACUCCUUUUUUAUCUUCAUAUUUUUACUUAUUUAUUUAUGUAUUUUAUGUACCUGCCUGUGUCUGUUUCGUUUCAGUACUCAAUUUUUUUUGGUAAGAUUUCGUAAAAUUUUUCCACCGAGUGUGCUUUAUUUUGGAAACGUAUUCCGUCCAUUAUUAAAUUUUUAUUGUACAUAUAUAUUGACAAACGAUACAUUUUAUUCGUAAGACAGUUUUUUGUAACUUUUUUCCGCUCAUUUGUUCUCAGUUUUUUGACUGAUUAUUUUUUAUGCCGUAGCGAUAAUUUUUUACACCAUUGUAUGAUUGUUUCUUUUUAAUACAUCGUUCGAAAUUUUUA